AUGACGGACGUGGCCAGGUGGGAGAAGCAGCUGGAGCGCGCUUUGGCGGACGGCAGUGACUCAGCGAAGAUUCUCGCGGCGAUUGAAAAGAUUCUUUCCGCGAACCCCAAACACGUCUAUGCCCUCCGCUGCAAAGUUGUCUGCCUCCUGCAUCAAGACAGGCACGCCGCCGCGCUGGCGGUGCUUGAGCAGAUUGCCGCCGUGGACCCCGCAUUGCCGCGGGCCUCGCAGGACUACGCCUUCCAGAAGGCCUACUGCCUGUACAGGGCGCUAGAGCACCUCCAGGCACGGCGUCUCCUGCGCGAAGCCCCGCAGACGGCGAAUCACGCACCCUCGCAGCAUCUUCUUGCGCAGGUGCAUUACCACCUCGAAGAGUACGAGGCCGCCGCCGGCAUCUACGAGGCGUUGCUGGCAAAGGGAGAAUUCCGGGACGAGCAUGAAAAGACGGAGCUGCAGACCAACUACGCCGCCGCGUGCUCCGCCAUUGACGCGCAAAAGACCCAGGCGAUUGUGCGCGCGGCGGACGAAAAGACUGCGGACUUGUUGUACAACGCCGCGACGGCGCAGCUGGUGGUGCAGGAGUACGCCGCCGCGCUGCAGACGUUACAACAGGCGGAGUCGCUCUGCGCACGAGCUUUUCCCAAGAGUCGCCUGCGGUCGUUUCAGGAUGCCUGUUCAAGAAGCGACACGGAGCUUCGCUCGUUGUUGGACGUUCAAGGCUCGCCGGAGCGUGCCUUUUUCAACGACGUCGCCAGCAUCUGGGUCCAGACGGCGUACGUGUACUACGCCAUGCAUGCCGAAGAGAAGGCGGCGGCCCUGCUUAAUCUGGUGCUGCGGUACCGCCCCUCGUCCGCCGUGACGCUUGCGGUGGCGUCCAUCAACUGGACAGCCAUUCAACGCCAUCGCGACUUCUUUGACACGCAUCGUAAGCUGAAGGCGGCACAGAAUCCGGCAGUAAAUAGUAGAUUGACCUCCCGGCAGAGACUGUUGGUGCGGUAUAACACGGCGAUGCUUCUCCUGCAUACCGGAAACUUCAAUGCGUUAAGGCGUCAGGUGGAACUCCUCGCCAACGAGUACCCGGAGUCGGACCUCACACAUUCCCUCAAGUUGGUGCUGGCAGUACGCGACAGCAAGAAGAAGCGGCAGUCAGACUACAAGAACUUGACGGAGUACCUGAAGAACUACCAGCAAAGCGUCGGGGCGCAGCAGCGUCAGGAGCAGCAACAGCAACCACAACAGGGAAAUCCCUCUGUGGGGAAAUUGCUCCCACUUAUCGCCGCACAGAUUUUUCUCGAAAAUGGGGAUCUCGAGCACGCUAUUGAGUCUCUUUCGUCUGCACCUGAGGAUAUCCGGAAAAAGCCGUGCACGCUGAUGACUCUGACAACAUGGAAGGUUCAGUUAGGUGAUGUGAAGGGGGCAAAGCAGUUGCUCACCGAGUUUGCCGCGGCCGCAACGAAGGGGGUCGCCGUCGUGAAGCCGAUCCUCUUCUGGGCGGUGCAGUUCCUGACAGCAAAGGGAAUGUACGCGGACGCCGUGGAUGUCAUCCGCGCCACGCAAGCUGCUCUGCCGGUGCUGCAAGACGACAAGGAGGUGAGGGCGCUUUUGGCGUUGUGUCUUUCGCACUUUGACAUGCCGGCGGCCCGGGCAUGCAUGGCGGCUAUCCCUGAGGCUGGUUUUAUAGGCACACACACGGACAAGAAAUUGUCCUCCUCAGACAUCGCCGAGGCGGAGUCGCAGCAGCCAUCGCGGCAGAGCAUUGAGGCACUUGGGUACCAUCGCGCGACGGCUGAUGACGAGGACGACAACGGCGACGGCGUCAGGGCGAGGCGGGCGCGCCGCCGCCCAAUGCGGCGUCCACCGAAGAACUUGGACGCCCGUAUUGACCCCGAGCGUUGGAUUCCCAUGUCGCAUCGCUCGUACAUAAAAGACUUGCCGGAGCGCAGAAAACGGGAGCUAAAACGCCUACGCGCGAGUGAGCAGGAGCGGAAGCGGCAUGAGGCGGAAAAACGGAAGGCAGCAGCGCAGUAA